UUCUAACUGUUCAACAGAAGGCAAAUAGAAGAUUUGGAUGAAAACAAAUGAGCAGUCAUUGUGCUUUACAGAAGGAAAGUUUGGGCUCUGUUUAAAAAGCGUUGUCGAUGGACAGCACGUCCAUUAUAACGCAAGUUAACAAGGACGAUGAGUCGGCAGAAGUGAGCCCCUACACACAAAACAAACUACCUUCUACAGUCACCAAAAAGCCAAGGAAUCGGAACAUUUUUUCCUCAUUUUUUUGCUGUUUUGGCGCCCAGUCUGCUGCUGCUGCCGGAGGUCCAUACAGAACUGCUGUCACCCACACGAAUCACAACCACAAUCACAAUGAAAACUCGCUUAGUAUCUCCACUGAAGAAAAAGAGCCAAAGCCCUGUAAAUAUCUACUUCCUGCUGUCAGACAUCAGGAUAUGCACAAAAAAUGUAUUGUAAUAGACUUGGAUGAAACACUGGUUCACAGUUCAUUUAAGCCUGUCCAUAAUGCAGAUUUCAUUGUUCCUGUGGAGAUUGAUGGCACAAUUCAUCAGGUCUAUGUGUUAAAGAGGCCUCAUGUUGACGAGUUUCUUCGCAGAGUUGGGGAGUUGUUUGAAUGCGUUCUUUUUACCGCUAGCUUAGCAAAGUAUGCUGAUCCAGUCGCCGACUUGCUGGACAAGUAUGGAUCAUUUCGAGCCAGGCUCUUUAGAGAGUCUUGUGUGUUUCAUAGAGGAAAUUAUGUGAAGGAUCUUAGUAAACUAGGAAGGGAUUUAAAAAAGGUCCUAAUUGUGGAUAAUUCACCAGCAUCAUACAGUUUUCAUCCUGAAAAUGCAAUUCCAGUUGCGUCUUGGUUUGACGACUUUUCAGACAUGGAGCUUUUGGAAUUAAUUCCCUUCCUUGAAUCAAUAAAUGAAGCUGACGAUGUCUGUGCAUAUUUGAGAAAUGCAAAUAUGAACACCCUAAAAGGGAGAUGUAAUUCCUUGGAACUCAACACCACUAGCUGAAUUUCAAGUACUCCUCAGAUUUUUAAUUAAAGAAUUUAACAUUUCUUUUUUGUUUUAAUGCCACUACAUAUGAAAAAGUUCUGAAAUUUGUUAUUGUGUCAAAUAAUUUAGUUACACAGAGUUAUGUCAUUCUCCCAACUUCUUCUGAUUUGGGCAGAAGGUAUUGAGUUCAUCUUGUUUCCAAAGCUUCAGUUACAUAUGUUUGGUGAAACAGAUGCCAAAAAGACUUCAACAAACAACAUCGUAGGUUCAGUACAAUCUUAGGAAGGUGAUUUUGACCAAAGCACUGAGAUCUGUGUUGCUUACCUGAAGGAUCACUGCUUUGAUGACAAGAUUGACAAAAAAGAAGUUUUUAACCCCUAAAGAUUUCUCAGGUUUUAUUUCUUGUUUUGUAGAAAUUGUUGUUUUAUAAAAAUUUGGAUUAUUUUUAUCAUUACAUUUGUAAGGGUAUUUGGUCUUUCAAAACUUAUCAGUCGAAAACUUAAGUAAAUUUUAAUGACAAACAUUUCAGUAGUAAGAAUUGUGUGACUUUGAAGACGUACUGGAAGGAUUGUGAAUGACUUUUAAAUGCCCUUGAAAAUUUCCUCUUCAGUCAUUAAUUUGUUGUAACAAGAAGAUGUAGUGAAGAGCCAUUCACUGUAUUGGUUUUGCAACAUAUUAUUGAAAUGCUAAACCAUGCCAUCUUACAUUUUAUACGUAGAUCACAAUACUCUAAGAACCUAGGAAACAUUUUUGUUUGAAUGCAGGUGUUAUUAAUUUUUUUAAUCAAUUUUGAACCAAGACAUUGAUUUUGUUUGUUACUUGAAAUGAAGUGUAUAUAGAGGCUACAGUUUCUUCAAUUUAAAAAAAUUUAGCAGAUUGAAAUUCAAAUCUUCAAACACAUUCUAAACACUAUAUUUUUGCUUGUCUGAUAAUUUGAGCUUACUGAUGAUAAUGGUUGAGUGCUAGUUUUCAAAGUUAGGGGUUAUAAUCUAUUCUAUACAUAGAAAGUGUUUAUCUUUGCACAUGAAGAAGACAUAAUGUAUUAUAUGAUUGCUAGUUUGAUGUGAAACAAAUUUGUAUGUCUACUAAUUUUUAAAUGUAGGUUUAUAUACUUCUUUAACAUCUAAUUUUGUACCUAUUGAAGUUCAUGCUAAUGAUGGUAUUUUUGUUACAGUAUAACAUUCUCAGGGAUCAUUAGUAUGUAAAGCACUUAAAAUUUAA